AUUGGUGCUCUCCUUUUUUCCCUCCGAUUCGGCAGAUGCUAACGGAGCUACUUUACAAGAAGGAAACCCCUUCCUUUCGCAGAGUAAAAAACAUUGAAAACCUUAAAAAUCUUCUGCUUCAUUUUUUAAAAAAGAACAAGAUCGAAACCAGAGUUGCCUUAUUGUUCGUCGCCGUUGGACUCUGGAGCAGUGGAAGCAUGUCCUCCGGAGAAAUAAAUCACGCUUCUCCAUCUGGCAGUCUGACAGACAAAUCUGGGAUGAGGAAGAGGACCAGAGAGCAUGAAGCUGGGUCACCUGACUCUGACCAGCCAACCAAGAUGUUCUCCAAGUGUGAGGUCCAGGGUCUGCUCCAGCAGGAAGUGCAUAGUGCCAUGAAACAGUCUGAAUCCAAGAUGGAGUCGCUACUAGAGAGAGUUCAGCUACUGGAAUGUGAACCUAAAUACGACCUGGUCAUACGCAGACUGGAGGCUCACAUUAAGAAGGUGAAGAGGAGGGGGGAUGCUGCCAUCUCUUAUGUCAGGAUGCUACGAGCUCCUGGAGUUAAACGCAAUCAGAGGAGGCUGGGUUCUGGUCUUGUGGACCUGACUGAGACUGAGACUGAGAGAGGACUGAGCACUGUGGACAUCAGCAGGUCAGAUUCUGAUGAGGACGACUCAGCUGAGAAGCAGAGGAAGAGGAAGGUUGUCGAUGGUUUCUGGCAGAAAAUGAUGUCCAAUAAAAAAGCCCCAGACAGGAAGAGAGAAAAAGAGAGGAAUGGAAAGAAACACAACAUCCCUCUUCCUCCGACCACUCCUCCUCUUCCUCCGACCACUCCUCGUUCUCCUCUUCCUCCCGUUCUCUCUCCUCAAGUACUGAAGGUCGAGGCGUCUGUCGUCCCGGUGACCAGACCGCCAGCCACGUCGCCAGUUAAAACGGAGUGCACGGUGAAGAUGGAAAACACCGUUAAGACCGAGGAGUCCCCGUGUCCUCUAGUCGCUCUUCGUGUUCCUCCGUCUCAGAGUGAGCUGCUGUCCCAUCUCCCUCCUCUCCCCCCGACCCCUUUCCCUUCCUCCCUCCCCCUCGAGGCGGCCUCCUACUCCAUCCCCCAGAAGCCCCUUGUACACCUGGCCCGUAUCCGAAACCCUGCCCCGUGUCUGGUCAUCCACUGGAGGGUCACUGAGGAAGACGCCGCGGCGCCCGACAUGGACAGUUACAGUAUCUACAUCGCUCAGGAGAGUCAUAGCAGCAGCGUCUCCCCGUCCUGGAGGAAUGUGGGUGUGGUCAAGGCCCUGGCCCUGCCCAUGGCUGUCACGGUAACCAAGUACCAAUCGGGUACCACCUACGUCAUCGUGGUGGGCAAGGACCGGUAUGGUCGCUACGGACCGUACAGCGACGUACAGACUGUCCUCCUGGCAUAGAAACGUGGCUGGGAGUUCUGGUCGUCUAGAUUGAAGGCCACCUUCUCCCCCCCCUCCCUCCAGAGGUGAGAGUUGAAAGGUCACUGAGAUCUAGUGACCUGCUAGACUACGGGAAUUCUCUGUGCUACCAUCUAAAGAGGAACAGGAGGAGGCAAAUAAAAAUGAUUUUUUUGUUGUGUGUUUUCAAGAGCAUUACCGAUCCGAUGAAAGAUACUCAGCGACGCAUGUCCCAACUCAUUCCACGGAGGGGAGGGGUGGCUGA